GCCUGAAAGCGCAGAGUUACAACAACAGCCUCAGAGGAUUAUAUCAAGUCUGUUUAAACUCACAAGAGAACAAUGGCCAGAACAGAGCCAGAGCCAUUGCCGUAUUCCAGGUAUGUUGUACCUGUUCUUCUCAUGAUUGGCUGGAUUGCAGGCUGUGCAUUAAUGGUUUAUUAUGUCUUCUCUUAAAAAAAGGAAAGAAGACUUUGCAAACCAGUCUGAAGCCUAAUGAAGACGGUCUGUUUCCUAGUUUAAGAAAAUACUAUUUUGAUAAUCUUAACAAUGAAAACAUAAUACAAUUUAUAUAUUUUGUCUUCCAGAUCUUUAAUAGAAAACAAAUAAACAAAUCAGUUUUGUACAUAUAUGUAACUUUUAAUGAAAAUUGCAUUAGACAUUUAGUAAUAGAACAAUACUGGUGGAUAUCCUGGCACUAUUUUAUAUUGUGAUAUUUAUAGAAAGAAGCAUUGUUAUUUGUCCUAUGCUGAGCGGCAAUGUAGAAAUUCAUAUAUUUUGUUGCUUGUAGUUAGAAAACAGUUAAUUAAAUUGCUUCAUAGCUGUCA